UCUCUACCGUUGAGUUCAACCACACGGGAGAGCUGCUGGCCACAGGUGACAAGGGCGGCCGGGUCGUCAUCUUCCAGCGGGAACCAGAGAACUCUGGGUAAGACAGCAGUGGCCUGGACAACCUGCCCAGGACCACGUUUCUGGAACACUGAAAGAGCCUCGGGACAAAAGCCCAUUUACUGAGAACACUUGCUAAGUAUUCUGGAGUUGCUUCUCGUUUACUCUGCACUGCUCACCUCCGAGGGCCAGAUCCACACCCCUGUGACAGAUGCGGAAACUCAGAGAAGCCACCCAGCUAGUGAACAGCAGACCCGGCUGCCCGACGCCAGGACCGUGGCCAGCAACGUCACACACCACCCGGCCUCAGAGAGGGGCGUCUCCCCCAGCAAACAUGGACUGUGCCUGGAAUUAGAUGCAGAAGACAUCCAGGAAACCAAGGAGGAGGGAGGAGGGGAUGGAGCAGGAGAGGCAGGGGAGGGGAGGGGAGGGGAGGAGGAGAAGAGAAGGUGGAGAAGGGGAGGUAGGAGGGAGGGGAGGAAGCGGGGGUGAAAAGAGGACCUGCGGAAUCAUCUUUGGCCCGAUUCACUCCUGAGCAUGGCCCACGAACUGAGGAUCCUUGAGUCUGACUUUAUCUUGGUGGCUCACAUAACCCUCCUCACAGUGGCCCUGUGGGUGUAGUGCAGUGCGGCUACUGCCCUCAUUUUACAGACGAGGAGCCCAGAGUGCAGAGGAUUAAAAUAGUUGACAAGGGGCACAUCCUAGCUGCAAAUCAGUUCCUCAAACACAGCACUCGGCCAGCACCUGUGGGCUUCACCAGAUGCACCUGUGGGCUUCACCAGAUGCACCAGGUGUCCCACCAGGCACUGCGAAGCUCAGCCUUCUUUUUGCCAAGCUGCAGAAAGAUUGGAUUGGUUGAUGCAAUUUUCUUCAUUUUGAAUUUUUCUCCUUUAGUGUUUUCUUCCUUCUGGUCCCACUGACCUUUGUCAUAGCGAGUGCUCAUGGGAAGUGAAGUGAAUUAGAGGCAAAAAUAUUGGAGAACUUUUAAGCUUUUCAAAAGCAAGACAGGGAUAGAAAUGUAGAUACUUAAAAAAAUUACCAGGAAAUCUUGAAAUUGUUCUGGGUUGAAUGUCUCCAUUUCUCCCUGGUUAGGGUUUCGUGUUGUCGUAUGAAGUUGAACUCUCUCCUGGGAACGUGGUCCCUGGCGCACACAGUGGACUCACCACCCGACUAUGUUGGGAGCUCCACGGUGAAGGGUCUUUAUUAGAAGGAGCUCUGCUGCCUAAACCAGGCCAAGCACUGCUGAGGAAAGCCGGGGACAGAUUCUAAUCCAGAGUAAAAAUGCGCCCCACAGCCAGGGCGAAUACGACGUGUACAGCACUUUCCAGAGCCACGAGCCGGAGUUUGACUAUCUCAAGAGCCUGGAGAUAGAGGAGAAGAUCAACAAGAUCAAGUGGCUCCCACAGCAGAACGCCGCCCACUCACUCCUGUCCACCAACGAUAAAACUAUCAAAUUAUGGAAGAUUACCGAACGAGAUAAAAGGCCCGAAGGAUACAACCUGAAGGAUGAAGAGGGGAAACUUAAGGACCUGUCCACGGUGACGUCACUGCAGGUGCCAGUGCUGAAGCCCAUGGAUCUGAUGGUGGAGGUGAGCCCUCGGAGGAUCUUUGCCAACGGCCACACCUACCACAUCAACUCCAUCUCCGUCAACAGUGACUGCGAGACCUACAUGUCGGCGGAUGACCUGCGCAUCAACCUUUGGCACCUGGCCAUCACCGACAGGAGCUUCAACAUCGUGGACAUCAAGCCGGCCAACAUGGAGGACCUUACGGAGGUGAUCACAGCAUCUGAGUUCCAUCCGCACCACUGCAACCUCUUCGUCUAUAGCAGCAGCAAGGGCUCCCUGCGGCUCUGCGACAUGCGGGCAGCUGCCCUGUGUGACAAGCAUUCCAAGCUCUUUGAAGAGCCUGAGGACCCCAGUAACCGCUCAUUCUUCUCGGAAAUCAUCUCCUCCGUGUCUGACGUGAAGUUCAGCCACAGCGGCCGCUACAUGCUCACCCGGGACUACCUUACAGUCAAGGUCUGGGACCUGAACAUGGAGGCAAGACCCAUAGAGACCUACCAGGUCCAUGACUACCUUCGGAGCAAGCUCUGUUCCCUGUAUGAGAACGACUGCAUUUUCGACAAGUUUGAAUGUGCCUGGAACGGGAGUGACAGCGUCAUCAUGACUGGGGCCUACAACAACUUCUUCCGCAUGUUCGAUCGGAACACGAAGCGGGACGUGACCCUGGAGGCCUCGAGGGAAAGCAGCAAGCCCCGGGCUGUGCUCAAACCACGGCGUGUAUGCGUGGGGGGCAAGCGCCGGCGUGAUGACAUCAGUGUGGACAGCUUGGACUUCACCAAGAAGAUCCUGCACACGGCCUGGCACCCGGCUGAGAACAUCAUUGCCAUUGCCGCCACCAACAACCUGUACAUCUUCCAGGACAAGGUAAACUCUGACAUGCACUAGGUAUGUGCAGAUCCCGGCCCCUGCCACCCAGCCUCAUGCAAGUCAUCCCCGACAUGACCUUCACGACCGCAAUGCAAGGAGGGGAAGAAAGUCACAGCACUGAUGAGGACAGCUGCAGAGGUGGCAGUGUGUGGACACAGGAAGUUUGGGCCCCCUCCCUGCCCCAGCUUCCCUAGGCCAGAAUUGUGUUUGGCAGUAAUUGUCUGUUUAAAAAAAUAAAAAGGAAAGGAAGCGUUCACCGCCACAAAUCAUAACAUGGACAUGACUGUGGAGUCUUACAGUUCAGGGUUCUUUCAUUCACGUCCCUUCCUGUCUCGGUCUGCGGUCUUUACCACAUCCGUAGGACUUUUUAUGCGUCUGGGUUAAUUUUUCACUCCAGUGCGUCCUGUUGCGGGGGCCGGAGCUGAUGGGAGCUGCUUCUCCCCCAUGCCUCACUGGUCCCAGAUCAGGGCUCCAGGGACAGAUGAUGAGUCUCAAACGAGCCAGCCAGGGGUUCUUUUGGUUAUAAAUGGGGCAAUUUGCCCUGUCUCAGAGCUGAUGACCUCACCGUUGUUUUUUGGAUGGCGAAUUCAUGCUGAGAAUUUGCAGAUGCAAGCUCCUCUCCUAGGUCUUCUGAAUGUCUUGAAACAUCCCAGGUCCCAGGUCUGGUGCGGUUUCCCGAGAGGAGCGGAGUGGGGUUUGUCUUCUGUGUGCCUGCGUCCUCAUCUGAUUCACCUGCCAUUUGCUGAGCCUCUGCUGUGUGCCGGGCGUGGUGCUCAGCCCUAGAGGCAGUUGACUUACCCCCUGCAGCCCUCCCUGCCACCUCACCCUUCAGCAUUCACUGGGCACCUUCCCGGAGCGGACACUGACUCCCAUGCACGAUUUUUUGGAAUCUUCCUCCUGACUGUGAGGUGGGUGUUCAUUCAUUUCCUCCAUAAACACCAACUUCUCGAAGCGUGCCAGGCUCUGGGCUGGAUGCUGGGGAUAAGCGGGAACCCUUAGGAUCCCCUCUGUCCACGAGAAGAAACUGAGGCUCUGAGCAGAUGCACAGGUCACCCAUGGCAGGUGCCAUGCAGUGGUGUCAGGAACCCGUCCGGGUCUUCACACAAGGUUCUCUCCAGUCCGUCUCGUGGGUGGCUCAUGUUAAAGCGACAUUCAAAUGGAAGGUUUGGAAAGGAAUGCCUCUUUGUCUUGUGAAGUAGGACAUGGCAGACUUGGCGACGACAAGGGUCCGGGAGAACUGAGACGCAGGAUGGAAGACAGAGAAGACCCCCCGGAGCUCCUCGCUCUGCUUGGUGGCUUCAGGAGUGCGGCCCUCCCCAGGACUCCACUUCAUCCUGGGCUUGCACCCUCCUUGAGCCAAUGCACUGAACUGCCUUUGAAAGGAAAUUGCAUGUUCUGACCAUUUUAGGAUACCUUUACUUUAAGGACCACACAGUCCCAGAGGACACAUCCCUCGGGAACUCUGCCCCUCUGACAAUGAGGGCCACAGAGAAGGUGGUGUUUCCAUGGUAGAUGCUCCUGUUCUGGUGAUACCAAACCUGCCCACCCCUCUGAGUCGUCUUUGCUCAUGGACUUGCAGAAGAACCACGUAGUUUGGCAUUUUGAUUCAGAAAGUGGGGAGCAGAGACCCAGCCAAAUCCAAACUUUUUUUUUGGUUUUGUUUUGUUUUUUACAAGAUAUAACAUAACCCAGGAAACAGACCCAGCUGAGGUUAUUCUCAGUGGAUUACAGUAUACUUUUGUGUGUGUAAAAGCACAAAGUGCAUGUGUACUCACUUCUGGGCAUAUAACAUUUACACAGGGAAAUGGAUCAUUGAUUUUUUUUUAAUCAACGUGAAUGAAGAAUGUUUGUUUAUAUAUCACUAUAAAAUCCAGUUGACCUGGACAGUAUUAUAUGUACAUAUCUAUUCUAAUUAAAUUUAACAAUCAAAGGAUUGGAUUACUUUUUUCCCCUUGUAAAGAGGUUCGAGAAUGUGGUCAAUUGUAUAGAUAGCGUGUUAAAGCCAAAACCCAGCUCUGAGGGCCUUACCCAUUACUUGGAUAUUUGCUACGAUCCAUCUCCCUUUGUGAGUCAAAUGUUAAGAGAAGAAACUUGUAUUUGCAGCUAGAGGUUACUGUCACAUCAUAGAUUUAACAUUUACCAUCUUCAAAGUACGAAUCUUACAUGUUCUUCAAAAGGAGGUCUUAAUACAGUUCCUAGUUCCUUACUUCUGUUUUAAACUUUGGGUACCAAACCAAAAAGGAGAAAAAAGAAAGGAAAAGAUCUUCUUUGAAGAAAAGUAUGUCUCUGGAUCCCUGGAAAAUAAUGAUGUCCAAAGCAAAUUGUGAAGAUAAAAUGUGUGUUAAGAAAAGGUAUCGGGGGGAGGGACAAAACCAGAAACGGUGGAAGGACCAGUGUAAUAGUCACAGACUUGCAUCCUGGCUCUGCUUACAUUUCCUGGUACUCUCGAAUGUACGGGCGUUCACAUAGUCAUUGUGAAGUUGUUGGGGUUUUUUUGGUUUUGUUUUUAAUUUAGCUCUUCUCUGAGGACGAAGCUGUUGGUGGUGGUGGUGGUGGUGGGGGUGGUGGUGUGGGAUACAUGGUGGUCAAGUUGUCAGCCCUGAUCAGUUUGGACUCUGUAACUCAUAGGUGCAUUCUUUUUUUCUUUGGUGUCUCACAAAUUACCCAAUUGUUGAAUAAAACUAUAAAUAUGUUAAUACCAGCUUUUUCCAAUAAAAUAACAAAUGUUACAUCAAAAACGA